AGGGAGGUAGGAAUAAGCUGGAUCAUGAAGAAACCUGUACCACAGAAAGUAGCUAUUGAGUGGAAAGAUGGCAAACGGAUCAAGCACGCUCGCAGUGGUCGCCCUUCUCGUGUCCCAUCACAGUACCAAGUCGUAAACAAAUUACGGAAGAAUUUACUCACCACCAUGCCAUCCAAGAUGUUCAUGUCUUUCUUUCUUCAGUUGUAAAGAAAUUAAUUUUUUGAGGAAAACAUUUCAGGAGUUUUCUCCAUAUAGUCGACUUCUGUGGUGUCCGUGAGUGUUAACUUUCAAAAUGCAGUUUAAAUGCAGCUUCAGAUGGCUUAUCUAGCAAAACAGUCAGUUAUUUUCUGAAAAAAAAUUACAAUUUAUACACUUUUUAACCACAAAUAUUCAUCUUGUCUAGCUCUGCGAUGCGCAUGUGUACUCUGCACUCCGGUUCAAGACAGUUAUGAAAAUAGCUAGAUAAGGCCCUUCUUCCUCGGCUGGGAUCAUUUAAAGCCGUUUGAAGCUGCAUUUCAACUGCAUUUUGGAAGUUCAAGUCCACUAUAUGGAGAAUUCCUGAAUUUUUUUCCUCAAAGAACAUAAUUUCUUUACGACUGAAGAAAGAAAAACAUGAACAUCUUGGAUGACAAGGGGGACAUUUCAGUUGGGAGAAGUACCUGAAAGAAACAGGGGCAGUCGCUGCUCCUCCUCACUGCUUCAGACAGAAAAAAGAAAAAUCCUCAUUCUCAGAGCACAACCCCACCGGUGAAUGAGUUUAAGGCUGGUAUGAAGCUAGAAGCUCAGGAUCCUAGAAACACUACAUCCACCUGCAUCGCUACCGUGGUGGGCCUGACGGGCUCCCGACUCCGCCUGCGACUGGACGGUAGCGACAACAAGAACGAUUUCUGGCGCCUAGUGGACUCCUCAGAAAUCCAGCCCAUUGGGAACUGCGAGAAGAACGGAGGCAUGCUGCAGCCGCCACUAGGGUUUCGUCUGAAUGCAUCAUCAUGGCCCAUGUUUUUAUUAAAAACACUCAACGGAGCAGAAAUGGCUCCAGCACGAAUCUUUCACAAGCAAGAGCCACCUGCCCCGGAGCAAAACUGUUUUCAGGUGGGGAUGAAGCUGGAGGCAGUGGACAGGAAGAAUCCUCACUUCAUCUGUCCUGCCACAGUGGGCGCGCUGCGGGGCGUUGAGGUUCUGAUCACCUUUGACGGCUGGCGGGGCGCUUUUGAUUACUACUGCCGCUACGAUUCCAGAGACAUCUUCCCAGUCGGCUGGUGCGCGCUCACCGGAGACAACCUACAGCCACCAGGCACUAAAGUUGGGUUACCAAAAACGCUAGGUGCACUUGGUGCCCUACCAGAGGGUGGCAUAGAGGGGACAGGCAUGCCACCUACGCCAGGCAGACCCCCACCGCAGAAGAAACGUAAACCUGGCCGCAAGAAAGCCAAACUGCCUGGGCCUUGGGGUCAGAAAGGAACACUUGGUUCCCAGACAAGCCAGCCUGAAAAAGAACUGGAAUCUAUUAAAAUCCCGAAGAAACGAGGCCCCAAACCAGGAAGCAAGCUAAGCUGGGCCAAGAGGACAGCGUGGCUUGAAGAAACAAUUGGAGGUCCUGGUAGACCUAUCAGCAAACCCAGAGGCAAACUGCCAGCCAACUGGCCUCCGAAAGUGCAGCAGAACCCAACAGAUCCCAUCAAGGCCCCAAGAAAGAGAGGCCCCAAACCUGGCAGCAAGAGAAAAGCACGAAUGGGACCCAACCCUAUGCCCACCUCCCCAAGCAGUAGCACUCCAGAGCCAGACACCAGCUCAGUACCACUGGACAACGCCACCAUUCCCAGCUCUGCAUUACAGGCCCCCACAGUAUGUGUGUACCUGAAUAAGUACGGGAAAGUGGGUCCCCAUCUGGAUGCACGCCGUAUACAGUCACUGCCAGAUCACUUUGGGCCAGGCCGAGCUUCCUCUGUGCUGCAGCAGUGUGUUCAGGCCUGUGUUGACUGCGCACAUAACCAGAGCUCAGUCUUUUCCUGUCUUAAACCAGGCCAUGGAGGAGAGCUCAUAUCAGCCUAUUUUGAGCAGCAGCACCACACUCUAACACUGCCGGCAGUGAACAGUGUGACAUACGUGCUGCGCUUCCUGGAGAAACUGUGUCACAACCUGCACUGCGACCCAUUGUUCGGCAGUCAGCCCGUCCCUGUGGGAGGAGUUCACUAUGACAACCGGACGUACACAGAGAGGAGAAACUUUGCAGAAAGUCUGAGUUCUGGACCUGGUCGGGGCACUAAGAGAUUCCUCCAACAUGACGUCUACAACAGUAACUCUGUACCGCACAAAAUAGCUAAAAACCACCGUCUCUCCUCAGAAGAGCCCUUCCUGAUGGAGAAUGGAGUUGGCAGCUCGGAGGUGUUUGAGAAAACACCCUUGUCUCCUGGACACGGCUUGGCAAUGCGUUCCCUUUCUCAAAGUAGCAGCUCUUCGGGGAAACUACAUCGUCUGGGCUCAACAGGUUCAGAGCGUUUUCUGAGUUCGAGAGAAAGCCCACGACCCAGUGGACAAGACCCCAACCUGUGGACGGUGGAGGAUGUAAUGCAGUUCAUCAGAGACAUUGACCCUCAGCUCGGACCCCACGCAGACCUCUUCCGCAAACAUGAAAUUGAUGGCAAGGCUCUCCUCCUGCUCCGCAGUGACGUCAUGAUGAAAUACAUGGGGCUGAAGUUGGGUCCUGCCCUUAAACUCACCUUCCACAUAGACAGACUGAAACAGGGCCGUUGACCUUUAUGGCACUUGAAUGGGUUUCGACCUUUACCCCUUCCAAGCACAUUUCAAGAUGCACAGCAUGCUGGGAUCUUCGUGUCCCCCAGUACUGUAGCAGGUGUCGGCAAGCUUUGAAGCUCCGCCCAUCUUACUUACCUUCAUUUUUAUCAGUUUGAUAGUCCGUUUUUCCCGGUUUUAAUGCUUUCGGUUAUUAAUUAUAGCACUGUUAUGAACGUUCUUAUGACUGAUCCCGUUACGGUUGUUCUCACAUUUCACUUACGGUUGUCUUAGUACCGUAUCGGAACAUUUCACAUGUGGACUGAAGCAGUGAAGUGGACAGUAUAAAGGCCGUUUUUAGGCCUUGAUUUUUACAACAUACGUUUAAUUGUAUAUUUUUUCAUCCUGCAUCAAUAGGGGUGUUUUGUAUGGCUUUUUUACACAAGACUGAUUUUCAUCAAUUAACUUCAGAUAAACACUAGAUCUCCCCCAUCAUGCCGGACUGACACCUCAGAGACCAUUACUCAUCCUCCGUACUUUAUACACAUAACACAUUUAGAAAUUAAGAUGCGGUCACACUAGACUUAAAGCAUGCAAAAUUAAUAUGACCAACCGGAUGUGAUGUCACACUCUAUACCAUCUGUUUAAAUCUAUUGUAACUGACAAACAACAAUUAAUUAAAAAUGCUAUACUAUCUAUUCCGCUUUACAGCAAUGCUGUAUUUAUCACAGUUUUUAUUUGCAUUGCAUUGGGCCAAAAGGUCAAUCUGUGACAUUUAGAUCCUUUCAUGUUUCUGUUGUUGUUUUUUUGUUUGUUUUUUUUUGUCACACCAAUUAGCAGUUCAAGACAAAGCACAGCUAGUAGACAGAUGCAUAUGACAGGAAGUCUAGUAUGAUCGCACCUACUGCUACAUACUGUUAUUAUACACUCUGCCUGUAUUUUAUAUCGUGUUGAUGUUUACAUUGUCUCUGUUGUUUGUACUUUUUAUACAGUAUGGUAGAGUGCAUACGUUGACAACGUUAUACUCUAAGCUUCAAUUAAAAAAUAUGAAGCUUU